AUGGCUGUGUCAUAUCGCUCUGUGUUUAUACUUUGGCUGUCUUUAACUACGUUGUGCUUCACCCUUGGCAAAGUGAAAAGAUGCGAAAAGAUAAAUAUUCCUGUGUGCGAAAAUAUUGGUUACAAUUUAACUUACAUGCCAAACAUGUUCAACCACGAUACGCAAGAGGAAGCAGCACUUGAAGUUCACCAGUUUUGGCCUCUCAUAGAAAUCAAAUGUUCGCCAGACUUAAAGAUCUUUUUGUGCUCUAUGUAUGCUCCGAAGUGCGAGUUGCAUGCCAAGGAAAACGAAUUUCCUCCUUGCCGAUCACUCUGUGAAAGUGCGAGAAAUGGCUGUGCUCUUUUAAUGCGUCAGUAUGGUUUCGCGUGGCCCAAGCGAUUGAGAUGCAAGCAAUUUCCCAAGCUUGGGCAAAACAAGACCUGUUUGCAUUCUAAUGUAACCGAGAUAACCCAAGCGUCAACAACAUUGUCAACGACUUUGGCUGUGGCACCAACUGGUAAAAUCUCUAACUGGAGAAAAUGUGAAAAGAUCAAGAUUUCGAUGUGUGAAAACACCGGAUAUAAUUCAACCUAUAUGCCAAAUAUGUUCAACCAUCACACACAGGCAGAAGCGGCUCUUGAACUUCAUAAAUUCUGGUUGCUAGUGAAAGCGAAUUGCUCUUUAGAAAUGAAGAGAUUUUUAUGCCACCUUUAUGUGCCUAAGUGCGAGCCGCACAUAAACAACGUCUUGCUUCCGUGUCGACGAUUAUGCAGAAGAGUAAGGACGGACUGUGCCUCAUUCAUGAAUCAGCAUAACAUUGAUUGGCCCCAUCAAAUGAACUGCGAGAACUUUCCUGAACUCGGAGAUGACAAGACAUGUCUGGAUCCUGAAGCAGUAGUAACAAGACACAAAGACGGUCCUUCCAGCCGGGCUGUGAGUGGUCUUUCGACCGCGACUAUAGUUGGAAUUGUUAUUGCUACAGUUGCUGUAAUCACCGUGGUUGUCGUUGUCGUCGCAGUAUGCCAUGACAAGAAAAGGAAUCCAAACAGGUACCGGUCUGUCCUGCGCUCAGCGCCUGCUUCUUGGCCCAGGUCCGUGGUAUACAAAAGCACCCCCCAUUGCAGUGCGACGCAGCCCCUUGCUGUCUAG